GUCUACAGGAAGCUUACCAUACCCUUAUCCGUGAAGAUAAAGUACGUAUGGAACGGACCUUGGUCGCUAGGGAAGAUUCUUUUCCUUGCAAAUCGAUAUCCUCCGUUUGUCAGCACCUUCAUAUCCUUGCAAUUAUUGACCGGUGUCAACUCGCCUGAGGCUUGCUUUAGGAGAUAUCGCGUCGGCACAUGGUUCAUUGUACUCGGUACCCUGGUAUCAGAAGGCGUCCUGAUGCUCCGGACGUAUGCAAUAUGGGGACGAAAGCGCUGGGUUCGCAUUGUCCUAAUCUGUGUCUCGAUCUUGCUCUACCCUCCAGCCAUCGCGGUCACCCAACUCGAGCUCCAGUCUCUCAUAUAUAUUUCGGCCAGCUAUCCAGGAGAACGAGGGUGUUUUCUAUCCCAUGCGAGCAGUAUCAUCUACGUCGCGUAUAUUCUUUUAGGGCUCUCUGAAACCACGAUCUUCAUCCUGACUGCGGUCAAAGCCAGACAACAUCUAAGAGCAACGCACUCGCCAAUGGUGAAAAUGCUCUAUCAACAAGGGAUUGUCUACUUUUUCUUCAUUCUUCUCGCCACAAUCGCGAACAUCAUUGUACCAGUAACAUUCGCGGGAGAGACCAAUUGGCUCGCCACUCCUCAGCACGUCAUACACUCCCUCCUAUGCACCCGCGUGCUCCUCUUCAUUCUCCGUUCGCGGCACUCUUCCAACAUUCGUCUCGCCUCCUCCUCCGCGUCUCGCAUUCAGACCGCUACGUUCACCGGCAAAGUCACAGCACUAUUUUCGACAGUCUGGGGACCAGGUGACGAUUCGAACGACGGGCUCGAUGGGCCGGGUCUUAUGGAUGAUAGUUCCAAUGACGGUGAUGGGAGCUAUGGGGACAGUGAGAUACCAGAUGAGGGUGUAUCUGAGGGCGCUCAUGCUUCGAGGCGAAGUGGAUUAGGGUUGGGAAUAGGAGGACGUCGGGACGAAGAGCAUUUCGAGUUAGAGAAUCUGGCGCCGUCACCGUCACCUGGAUAUGCGGACGGUUUCUCCACACCCCGAACGUAUGAGGAGCCUGAUAGUGCGAAGCAGUUGAUUUGGUCGAAUUCGGUGGCUUCGAGCUCGCGUUCACGGACAUAGUGGCACGGGAUGAUGACGUCUAGAAUACUCUUGCUUGUGGUGGAUGUAUGUUGUAAUUCAUGUAGCGGACGAACGACACGAUGAUGAGUUACGAGUGUUGUAUAAACCUAAUAUUUC